AAUAUAAAAUUAAUAUGUGAGACACGGAUCUUCGGUUUAUUAUUAUAGGGUCAUUUACCGAUUUGUUAUUCAGCAGCAAAUGUAAUAUAAAACAAUGUGUAUAUCGAAAAUGCAAUUUUAGUUUCUUAAAAGUAUUGUAGGCAUGAUAUACCGUGUUGUAUUGUAGUUGAUCAUUCAUUUUUCAAAAUGGAGAAAGAAAUCGGGAGCGAAAGGAUUCUGACAACAAUAAAUGCUUUACAUGAUGCCGCUACCAAAGCCGAGGAAUGUUCUCAGUACCUACAGAAUACAUCCACGACAAUAAAGAAAUUGAAGAGUGAAAACGAGCAUUUGAGAUAUCAUUUAAGAACAGCUCAAUAUGAACUUAUAACAAAAGAAAGACAAUUUCAAGAUGCACUCAAAACGGAAAGAGAUGCUUUCAACGAUAUGCAGACACGCCUUUUAUAAAGGCAAAAAGAGCUUGAGAAAACAAUUAAAGACGUUCAAGAUGAUAUGAAACAAAAAAUACAAGUAGAUGACAUAAGCGAUGAUAAACGGCCAACAAAAGUCGCAGAAAGAUACCUGGAUUUGUAUGACAUUGAAUGGACAGAUGCAUAUGAAGAAAUUGAAAAGGACUUUAAAACGGAAGAAAAAAUAACGCAAGAGUUAUUGCGCAUUCUGAAGAAAAUCAUGGAGUUCUGUACAUAUGUGGCAAAGCAACAAGACGUCAACGUACAUAACGCAUUGCUUAUGAACAACAAAGAGACUGAUAAUGGUCUAUUAAAAGAAGCACGCAAACAACUUUCUUCUUGCAAGAAACGCAUUUCCCAAGGAAUAUGUGAGGACAUUUACAAGCUUUACAUUUCGAAACUUCAACAAUCAACCUCAUCAGGCUGUAUCCGAGAACUUAGGAUAACAACCUUUAUUAAAGCAUGUAUUUCUGUCUGUUGGAUGUGCCUGAUUCAAUUUCCGCCAAUGAAGAUGGAGUUUGAUGUAAAAGCUCACAGAAAAGAAUUCAAGGAAGACAUGUAUAUACCAUACACCAUGUGUGGCAAAAAAAUGGAUUUUAUUGUUUGGCCUGUACUUCUUCUUUAUGAAAAUGGACCGGUAGUUGCAAAAGGUAUCGCUCAAGGCCUCAAAGAAUGCAGAAAUCGACGGUUUUAUGAAAUAGAGCAUAGAAGGACCUCUUCGCCGCACAGAAUGGGGGUAACUAAAAGCCAGAGCGACUUAGCCAAAGAACCAAAGAAGGGUAUCAGACAAUUGUUUCAAAAGUUUCAUCCACAGCAAAGAAGUAGGAGCAAUAGUAUUGGUUCAUUUUUUUCUUAAUAUACACAACGCACAUCCAUUUUUAAUAAUAAUAAUAAUGAUAAUAAUAAUAAUAAUAAUUAUAAUAAUAAUAAAAGAUUAAAUAAUAAUAAACAAAUCAUGUAAAAUUCCUAUAUCAGAUAUAUUUUAAUAUAGCUAUUUGUUGUUUCUAGCAAUUUUACCAAUCAAAUUAUAUCUGUGAAGGUAACUUAUUUAGCCGCCUCCGUUGUCGAGGGGUUAGAGUCGAUGACUUCUUAUCCAGUUACCUCUCUGGCGUGGGUUCGAUCUCCGGGAGAUGCUUUGGUAGUUUAGCACGGAGGAAGGUAGUCUAGUACUGGUGUAACUCUCCAGGAACGAUGGUUAGGAAACUACCCGCCUAUAUGACUGUAAUACUGUUGGGAAAAGGCGUAAAAUGAAACAAACAAACAAACAAAGCAAACUAUAUACACAUAUAAAAUACAAAUAACAUUCUAGAAACUUUACCAACCAUUGAUUAUAGUUUAUUAUUGUAAAUACAAGUGAAAUAAAGCAUGUGUCAAUUUUUAUGACAGUAUUUUUCUGUUUCCUAGUUGUUCAAUAUCAAUAUAUUAUUCACUGUUGAAAUUACGUAGAACGGUGUUCGUCGUUUUAGACUCUGGAAAUCACCAUUCAGCAAUUAAUUUGUAUAAUCAUUGGUCAUAGGUAACCUUUAUUUUUAUAAAUCCUUCUCAAGCAAAAUAUGUAUUAUUUGUUAGUUUAUCAGUGUAAUUAAACUUCCUGUUUUAAUGAUUUGAGAAAAAUGUCUCGAAUGUCCCUCUUAAAUCGCCAAACGUAAUGAUCUUAUCUGUUACUUAGUUAUGCAAGAACUACAUGUAAAGGUGAAUUUACCGUCACCUUAAUAAUUCGAAAAAUAUGUG